CGCGCAGUGCCUUUGCAGCAGCUCCGUCGUAACAGAAGGGGAGUGAUAUCGGUUAGCUGUUGAAUACGCAGGCAUAUCCUCCACCUCAGUAGCGACAGCCAUCCACCGAACACAGGCUCAGUCCUCCCUGGACUCCCAGUAAGACCCUCUCGUCCCCGUUGGAGAUCUACUCCAUCCAGCCCCAACAGCAGCCAUGGCAGAUGACGCCGAUAUGCGCAAUGAGCUGUCAGACAUGCAGCAGCGUGCUGACCAGCUGGCCGACGAGUCACUGGAGAGUACUCGUCGUAUGCUGCAGCUCGUGGAAGAGAGUAAAGAUGCCGGAAUCAGGACCCUGGUCAUGUUGGACGAGCAAGGAGAGCAACUGGAGCGCAUCGAAGAGGGAAUGGACCAAAUCAAUAAGGACAUGAAGGAUGCAGAAAAGAAUUUGAACGAUCUAGGAAAGUUCUGUGGUCUUUGCUCCUGUCCGUGUAACAAGAUGAAGAGUGGAGGAAGCAAGGCCUGGGGGAACAACCAGGACGGGGUGGUGAACAGCCAGCCCGCCCGCGUGGUGGACGAGCGCGAACAGAUGGCCAUCAGUGGAGGCUUCAUCCGCAGGGUAACAGAUGACGCCCGUGAGAACGAGAUGGACGAGAACCUGGAGCAGGUGGGCGGCAUCAUUGGCAACCUGCGCCACAUGGCCCUGGACAUGGGCAACGAGAUCGACACCCAGAACCGGCAGAUCGACAGGAUCAUGGAGAAGGCUGAUUCCAACAAGACCAGGAUUGACGAGGCCAACCAGCGUGCUACAAAGAUGCUGGGCUGAUUCCAACAAGACCAGGAUUGACGAGGCCAACCAGCGUGCUACAAAGAUGCUGGGAAGCGGCUAAGCACGCUGAGCUGACGCUCGUACCAACGCGGUUUGCGGGAAACGCAAACAUGCUUUUAUCAUGGUAUUAACCUUCUCGGUUUGCACACAUGCACAUAUCACCUCCCUCCCCCCAUUGUAAAUGUUGUUCUGUGUGUUGUCUGUCAGCUUUUUCAAUGAUUGUCCUCGUGAAAAAUGAUUUCUUAUACUCCGUAUAAUUUUUUUUCCAAAGGUUGUAUAUAGUGCUAUCUUGGUGGCUUUAGCUCACUCGUGAAGUUUUUAUUCUCUCUCUAUCAUAUAUAUCUAUAUAUCAUAUAUCACAAAUAUAUAUAUACAUAUAUAUGAUAUGUACUCUUUGCUGGAUGAAAACUAUAUUAGGAAUGCUCUACAAAGCUUUCUGUUUUGUUUUUGUUUUUUAUUUUAUCAGUAAAUCAGUAUCGUCUUAGUAAACUGUCAUUCCAUGAGGCUACUGUCAUGAUCCUUAUUUUGAUGUUGUCAUGACAGAUGAAGAAAUGGGGGAAAAAAGAUGAUCAACUUAUACUGAUAUGACUUCAGAAAAAGCACUUACAAUCGAUUGCUGUCUUCUUGGUUCAUUCUCUCCUCAUCACAACCACCACACACAUCAGUUACUGUUUAGACAAUGUGCAACUAGAGUCUGUAGCUGUAAUAGACAUUGCAUUCCAAAGUGAUGUGUACUGUGCGAUUCUGCAUGAGCAAUGGUAGAUUUUAGUCUUAUAAAUAAAAACUUGUUUGAACAAAAAGAAAAUCUCAAAAAAAAAAAAAAAUCCACAUGGCAGUAGCGAAAAAUUUGACAAAAACGCAUGCUGAGUAUUAGCCACACCGUUGAUCGUCUCCAUAUUCCUGCAAGUUUGCAACAGUGCCACUCUUUCUGUCAAUAUAAUAUUUUACAGACUGUGACCAUUGUUGUAAAAUAAUGCACAAUGAUCUUUUGGGGGGUGAUGAUGAGGUAAAGAUGAAAUAAUAAUAAAAAAAAUGUUUGUUUGUUGAAGAUGGUACCGCAAAAAAAAAACUGUUUUCCUAAUGAUUAUGCAGUUCAGAGAGGAGAUGUUGAAUAUGUGCUG